ACGUCAGAACUAUAAUAAAGGAUUGCGAAUAAUUUUUGAGUCAGAACCUGUCUCCAAGUGUUACUAGAACCUUCUCACUUGACCACCAACUUGCAAAAAAAAUGAACCAUCAAAAUCAGCAUCCCGGCUAUAACCUUGGCUAUCCAGCACCAUCUCCACUAUUUCAACAACCUCCGCCAAAUUAUUUCUAUCAUGAAAAUCAACAACUCACCAGCAAAUUUAACUUGGUCACACGCCAAAAUGCGGACCUCAAAAUCGGAUUGAGAGGAGUUUUGUUUUCAAUCCAAGGGCUUCGCGAAGAGUUAUCCGUGGCAAAGCAACGCAUUGAAGAAAUGAAGGAAGACAGUUUUUUUGAAAGUAUGCCAAAGCUCGAACGGGAAGCUCCAGCAUUCAUGGACUCUCCAGCAGAAACUUCUUCACCGGAUGUUGAGAUGGAGGACGUUGUCUAUGAAGAAGUUGUUAAAGAAACAGAAGUCGCAAAUUUCUAAAGGGACGUGAUAGAAAUUGAUCCAGAUGAGAUUGAGGUGAUCUUCUCUGUAAACGAAAAUCGGAAGAUUUGUGUGGAUGCCAUUGAAGAAGAAGAUCAAGAGAAUCUUGAACCUGUCUUCAGAGAUGAGGAAAACGCCAUGGAGGUUCAUGAUAGCGAUGCUUACAAGGCCGAUGAAAAAGAAGAAGAAAAAGCUGAAGAAGUGGAGCUCGACGACUCCGACGUUGAAUCGGAAGAAGAAUCAGAAGACGAAGAAUCAGAUGAAGACCCAGAAGAUGGCCCAGCUCCACGUAGAUUUGAGACAUUCGAUGAUGCCAAGCAGUUCUGGGCUGAACACUUCGAAGAAGAGCUGAUUCCGAAUGAGGAUCUGGACCUCAACUGCUACCUCUUCAACCCCAACGGUGAGCCAGUGGUUCCACAGCCGGUGAAGCGCGCGAUGAACCCUCGUUCCCUCUUCAACAACCAGAGGCCUGUUCAGGUGUACCAUCAAAGAUGGGAGUUGCUUCCAAAUGAAGAGGCUGAGCAUUGGAAAGAGAUGUGGGUACAGAUGAGAGAUGAGCAACGAGAGCAGAUUGAGGAGCAACUUAUUGAAUUUCGAUAUUCUUCUAAAUCCUGA